AUGUUUUUCUUCCUUAUUUCACUUUCUUCCAUCCUUUCAUUUAAACUUAUAUUUCUCUUUUCCUAUUUUUAUUCGUUCUUUUUCUUUUACUGUCUUUUUUUCCUUCUUAUGUUCAUUCGUUUUUAUUCGUUGUACUUUUCUUAUUUAUUUUGUUCAUUAUUUUUCGUUGAAUCCCUUUAUUUUUUUUUUUUUGUUUAUAUAUCUUUUCUUUUAUAUAUAUUUUCUUCAUUUCUUCUCUUCUUUUGGUUCUUCUUUUUCCUUUAUCUAUCUUUCGUUGUAUAUAUCUUAUAUAUUUCUAUCUUUCUUUUCUUGUUUAUUCUUUUCCAUUCAUCUACUCUUCCCUGUAUGUGCUUUCUUUAUUUCUUCUUUCUUUCUUUCUUUCUUUCUUUAUUUAUUUAUUUAUUUCUUAAAUUUCGUUCUUUCUUUCUUUCUUUCUUUAUUUCUUUAUUUCUUUAUUUAUUUCUUAAAUUUCUUUCUUUCUUUCUUUCUUUCUUUCUUUCUUUCAGUCUGUUGUUCAUUCUUUUCGCUUAUCUCUCUUUCGUUCUGUUUAUUUCAUUCUUUCUUCUUUCUUUCUUCUUUCUUUUUCUUUUAUCUAUUUUUUAUUGUGUUUAUUUUCUUUCUACAUUUUUCUCUUUUUCAUCCUUUACUUUUAUCGUUCUUUAUCUUUUACCUUUCUUUCUGCUAGUUGUUAUUACCUGGCGAUAUGUUUUCGUUGUAGGCUCUUGUUUCCUUUUUAUUUUCGCUUCAUUUAUUUUUCCUUUCUUUCUUUUCAGUUAUUGCUUAUGUUACUUCUUGUCCUUUUCCAUUACUUCUCGUUUUUCUUUAACUUACACGAGAUUUUCUUUCCUCUUAACGUUUUUUUUCUUUGUCUUCUUACUUACGUUCUCGCUUCCUUUUCUUUAUGUCAAAAUUUUUGCGUUAUACCACUCGAUUUUUCUUUCUAUUUCCUUUCGUUUGUUUUUCGAACAUUUUCAUUCGUUCUUUCUUUCUUUUUUUAAAUUUCCUUCUUUUUUUCUUUUGCCUUCUUUUUUUUCUUUUGUCUUCUUUUUUCUUUCUUACUUUUUGUCUUAUAGUAUUCCUUAUUUUCUGUGGUCUUCUUCCAUUCUUUCUCCCGCCCUUUCAUUCAACCAUGCUGUUAUCCAUUCGAUCUAUAUUUUCUUAAGUCUUUUUUCUUUCUUUCUAAAGAUCUUUUUCAUUAUAUUUACUUCCCUUUAUCUGUGUUUCCUUUCUUUCUUCCACAUCUUUUGCCGUUCAAAAUUUCGUCUUUCAUGCUUAUUCACAUCAAGCCAGUAUAUUUUUUAA